GACGUAGAUAUGGUAUAGCCCACGCCUCCGGAAAACCGCGUCAUGCGAUGGCAUGCGUGCAUGGGAUUUACACGUGCUGUUUUUAUCAGAACUCUGACAAUCCGCCUCCACGCUUCAACGCAAAUAUCCGGCUUAAGCAGAGAUUACACACUUUAUCACUGGAAUCAGCUCCAUUAUUAUUAUUAUUAUUAUUAUUAUUAUUAUUAUUAUUAUUAUUAUACGGAACAGCAAGGGUCCUUAAAUGCAGAUCAUUUGCUUCAGAAAAUGGCACAUUGGAGAGUUCCGACCAUACUUCAUUCAUUUCUUUUCUUCAGUACCAUGACAACAUGCGAGGGUGCAGAUGCUAAAUAUGCCCGAAAGCUCCUGACGGACUUAAUGACCAACUACACAUGUGCGUUGAGGCCUGUAGAGGACACAAACACCAUCCUGAACGUGACUCUGCAAGUUACACUCUCACAAAUCAUCGACAUGGAUGAGCGAAAUCAAAUUCUGACUGCGUAUUUGUGGAUAAGGCAAGUGUGGUUUGAUGCGCACCUUAGAUGGAAUAAAGAGGAAUAUAAUGGACUCGAUACCAUCCGUAUACCUGGUAGUUACGUAUGGAGACCUGAUAUAGUCCUAUAUAACAGCGCAGACAACCAUUUUACCGGCCCAAUGGAUACCAAUGUGUUGAUCCGACAUGACGGCCAGAUUAUGUGGGAUUCUCCUGCAAUCACCAAGAGCUCAUGCAAAGUGGAUGUGUCCUUUUUCCCCUUCGAUGGUCAACAGUGCAGGUUCACUUACGGCUCAUGGACCUACAACGGAAACCAGCUUGACAUCCUGAAUGCUAUGGAGAGCGCCGACCUGGCUGACCUGGUGGAAAACGUAGAGUGGGAAGUGCUCGGCAUGCCGGCUAAGAAGAAUAUUGUUCUGUAUGGAUGCUGUGCGGACCCAUACCCAGAUGUGACAUACACACUGAAGCUCAAGAGAAGAGCUUCCUUUUAUGUUUUUAAUCUCCUCAUACCAUGUGUAAUGAUUUCUUUUUUGGCUCCACUGGGCUUCUACCUGCCUGCUGAUUCUGGGGAAAAGGUUUCUUUGGGUGUCACUGUGUUGCUGGCACUCACUGUAUUCCAGCUGUUGGUUGCAGAAAUUAUGCCACCUUCUGAGAAUGUGCCACUCAUUGGAAAAUAUUACAUUGCAACAAUGACAAUGAUUACAGCCUCCACUACUCUGACCAUCUUCAUCAUGAACAUUCACCACUGUGGUCCAGAUGCCAAGCCUGUUCCCAGGUGGGCCAAAAAAGUCAUUUUGCAGUACUUGGCCAGAAUGUGCUUUGUCUAUGAAGUUGGAGAGAGCUGUAUGUCAGCAGAGCCAGAGGGACAGGAACCUCCACUUGUUAGGACUACCAACUGCACCAUGAAUGGGCAGGUGGGACCAGGAAGAGAGGACUGUGUCAUCAAAAGUGGUCAAGAGACAGUUGGAUCUGUCAUCACAGAGGAGAAAGAAGAUAUUGAUCAAGUCCUAAGUCCUUUAGGAUCAGUGGGGGGGAACCUUACAAACCAGUACAGCACGUGGAAGAACAGCAUUUUCCUGGACUGUGGGGAAUCAGGGGGUCCGCAGAGAUGCAGAAAGGGAGGGGUGAGUGAUGGACAGAUUAAAGAAGGAGAAAUUUCCUGCAACACUGGUGCCAACAAUGGGGUGCUGCUUCAUAACAUUGAGUAUAUCGCCAACUGUUACAGAGAUCAGAGGGCCAUGCAGAAACGAACUGGGGAGUGGAAGAAAGUAGCCAAAGUUUUAGAUCGCUUUUUCAUGUGGAUGUUUUUUAUAAUGGUGUUUUUCAUGAGCCUCCUGAUCAUGGGCAAAGCCAUCUAAUCAGCAAUACUUUUAUUUGUUUGUUAAACCCUAUGUUAAGCUAUAAAGUACAACUGGUUAAAUGAGAUAUUUAAGAAAGAUGUGUAACAUACUUAUUUUCACCACCCAAAAAGGCAAAUUUUGUUGACACAUCAAAAAAGACAUUUGUAUAUUAUAUUUUAUAUCUCUGGUAAGUUUUCUUCUUGUCCUUAAAUAAUCAAAUACUAUACUGAGAUUUAUUUUUAAAAGGUAUAUGUCAUGAUAUUCCUAAUUGUACAAGUAUUCACACACCUUGAACUUUUUCACAUUUUAAUCAUAUACCAACCACAAAGCUCAAUGUACAGAGGUUGGACAAUGAAACUGAAACACCUGGUUUUAGACCACAAUAAUUUAUUAGUAUGGUGUAGGGCCUCCUUUUGCGGCCAAUACAGCGUCAAUUUGUCUUGGGAAUGACAUA